UAGAAGUCAUCUAGCGUCUACCGUGGCCAUGCAGAACCACAGCGCCUUCAGUUUAAACUCCACCAGCUGGACUACAGAUAACCUGGUCAGCAGUGGGCUGAUGGGUCUCUGCUUCGUGAUUGGAGUUCCUGGUAAUAUCGCAGUAAUUAUUUUCAUAGUUCGGCAUUUCAAAAAAGACAACUUCACCGUUCACCUGAUGCUGAACCUGGCAGCUGCGGACAUCUUGUGUUUGAUGACCCUGCCCACGUGGAUCUACAGCGAAUUAGAGAGCAUUGACCUAGUAAACUGCAAGUUCUUCACAGCGCUCGUCUACUGCAGCGUGUACUCAAGUGUGAUAACGGUGACUAUGCUGAGUGUGUAUCGUUGUUUACGGAUUCGACAUCCACAGCUGUGGUCCAGAAUGAGCAAGGGAAGAGAGAGAGCGCUGCUGAUCUGCGGCUGGGCUCUGGCACUGCUCUUCUCUUGUCCUGGGGUCCUUACACAGGAGAUCGUUCAAGUUAAAUCCAAAAUGGAGUGCGAAAGAAACCUGGAAACAGAAGCCACACUUAUCGUUGCUCUGCUGGAGUCCCUGCUCGGAUUUUUUCUUCCUUUCGCAAUCAUGUUGACUUCAUAUUAUUGCUUAUACAAAACAGCCACGCGGAGAACGUUCACGCACAGACACAGACCUACUAAACUUGUCACGCGGAUUGUCGUAGUUUUCUUCAUUUUCUGGGCUCCGCGUCAAAUAAUAAAAUUAGAGGAAAUUUGUGCAGCAUUUUUAGGAUCAAAGCCGGUCCUAUCUUUCAUCAGUGACAUUGCUGGAAGUCUCAUAUUCAUCAACAGCUGUGUGAAUCCGUUCCUCUAUGCAUUUUCCUCAAAGAGUUUACAUAAACGCAAACAGCCAGUGGAACCUGGGGUAACUAAUGGCUCGCAACAUUUCCAGAGGGAUCUUUCCAUAGCUUUGAGCAGCUCGCUGGUAAAGCCCAACACACUGGACUAAAGAAUUAGAAACUGGACGAUCAUAGAACUUUUUAAAAAUGUGUUUAGAUGAAUUUUGACAAAUUGAAUACUUAUCUCUAGGAGCACUGAGGAGAGAUCCAGGUAGAUCAAGUCUGGCUGUGAAAUUAUGUUUCAUUACAAUCAAUAAUUAUAUGUGAUAAUGAUUACAGAUGAUUAAACAUAAAAUCUGAAAUUUAAAAUAGACCAAAUUUAAUAUAUUCUGCUAAAAAGCUAAGAGAAUAUGCAGUCUGGGUAUAGUAAUCUUUAGGAGAUGAAGAUUCUCAGAGCAUGCGAUAAGAAAAGAAGGUAAAGAAGCCAAUUUAGGAGCAAUAUAUAGACUAAAGACUUGCAUCCUCUUACACACUGAAAAGAAGUGGUUGCUAUCAAUUUAUUUUAGCCACAUUUAAAUACAUUUUAUUAACUUACAACUUAUUUUUUAUAUUUAUUAUUAUUAUUAUUUUGCAGCAUCAUGGAAUGCUUAUGUCUGAUUGUUGAAAUGUUAAAAGAAUUUCAUGAUCUAUGUGUUGUCCAAUAUUUCCCCCCACUUAAAGUGAAUGUAGUGCAGGACCAGGUCAUCUACAACAGGAAUUAAAAUAAAAAUGGACAUACAUCCUUCUCGCAAAAACAACCUAGGAUAAAAAAAUAUUCUAGUAUCAAAAUAAAUAAAUAAAUAAAUAUGAAGCAAACAUCCUUGCAUAUUAAAUAUUUUUGCAGAGAAUAAGUUUUCAACAUCCUGUCCAGACAUCGCUUAACUUAACAAAAUGUACCUAUUAUGUGCCAAAUGAAGAAAAUAUUCUAUGUCAAUACAGAUAUAAUGUCAUAAUAUAUGCAUAAAUAUGGCAAAAAAAGAACAUUUCCGAUCUCUAAUUGCAUCUAAUCACCACUGUAAUGCAAAAUCAGUAUCUUUAUUAGCUACAUUAUAAUUUUGAACUACAACGCAGAAAUAAAAGUAAUAGAGAUGCAUGCCUUAUUUGCUAUAUCUUUUUUUCUUUCUUUACCUUUCAAGCAUUAUACAUGUGAGAUGCUUCUUUACUUGAAAAUUUCAAGCACUUUUAGUGUUUAGUGUUUUAGACUGAAAAGGCUGUAAAGGUAAAUGCAGCAAAUGUGUGCAAUAAUAUUGAAAAAAGUACCUAGUUACUAGAAAAAAACACUAUUAAGAAACAUCUGGGCUGUUGUCACGAGUACAGUUCCUGUUUGCAAUCAGACCACAUGCAUUUCUCAGAAGACGGUGAAUAAGACUGAAUUGAAAGUUACUUUUCAAACACUGAUAUGGUUUGAGAUAAAUAAUAAAUGUUGUCACAUUCUUCGAAAAAAAA